AAUAUUUGAAAACGGAAUGAAAAUUAUGUUAUUCUCAAUUUUAUUCUUAAUUCUUGCAAUGCAAGCGGACGCUGGUGGGAAUUGCGAAAAGACGCUGAAACUGGAAUCUACCUGUGGAAGUUAUUGUUAUAAGGUCGUAAGGCCUUUUUUAGAUCAUAUGAAGGCAUUACAACAAAAGACCGAAGAUAAAGAUGAUGGGAGACGGGAAAAGCUCGAAAAAAUUGAAGAAAAGUGCGGAAAGGCCGAAAAGAAUUAUGAUGAACUAGAAAGAAGUCUACAGAGUAAGUGGGAAAAACUUGAAGGCAAGAUAGAAUUGGAGUUGAAAAGCACACAAGAAAUGUGGAAAAAUUUCGAACUAAAGAUCAAACAGGAGUUGGAGGAGGUAAAGACAUUACAGCAAUCGGUCAUAGACACAUAUGAUUACCUAGAGCAAACAUUGUCAGAUAAGUUUGAAAGUCUUGAAAGAACUAUCGGACUGCAGUCACAAAAUCUACAGGUGACUACAACACAGAAGCCAACUCCUCGACAGGUUCUCGCUGGGAAUGCUGGAAAUGGUCAAUACUAUGUUGACGACAAUAAUCGGGUUAAUUUCCACGAAGCCAAAAGACGAUGUGAACAAUUAGGUGGAUAUUUGCGUGGCGAUGUAAGUUUAGAUGCGAAUGCCAUUAUCGGUGUUUACAGAAACAGAGUUUUUUGGACUGAUGGUGUAAACGGAGAUGGAAAAUGUCAAACGACUAUAUUUGCUAGAAAUAUUAUUAAAAUUCGUAAAGAAAAUUGUCAAAUAAAACGUAAUUUUAUCUGUUCAAAAGGUAAUUAAAUUAAAAGAUUGUUAAGCCAAAUGGAAAAUGUCAAACGACUUUAUAUGCUAAACAUACUAUUAAAAUUCGUAAAGAAAUUUGUCAAAUAAAACGUAAUUUUAUCUGUUCAAAAGAUAAUUAAAUUAAAAGAUUA